UAGUGAACGGAAUGCCGGUCGUGCGAUACGGUGACGAUAAAUCUUCCGAUAAAAAACUUGUGAUUAUUUUUAUGCGUGAAAUAAACACAAGCACGGAUAACGACUAGGUACGUAACAAGUUUUAACUUAGAUACCUAACCACUCGUAGACGUUUAUUGUUUAUUCGUACUCCAAUCUUAUCGUCGGCGGCGGUAGUAUUAUUAUUACUUAUGAGGUACUAGGUAUAUUUAAUUGCCGCUUGAAAUUGCGUGUUUUCCGCAUGUAAUAUGUAUAUGUAGCAUUGUAUUAUAAUAAUGAGCGAUUGGCGUGUAAAAAAUAAUAAUAAUAAUGACCAUGUGAUAUUGUGUGCGCAAGUACAUACAACAGUUGUAUUCCCGCGGAUGACCUUGGAAUUGAUAACAGAAAUUGUACUACUAUUUAGGACGUCUGAAUAAUCAUUCCCUUUUUAUUUCGAUUGUGUGUGGCGUGCAUGCACGACCUAGGUACAAAUUCGUACGUUUUGCUCAAAUAUCCGUCUCAACGUGUUGGUAAUUUGCUUAGAAAAUCGAUAUUUACUACAUUACCCGUACAUUAUAGCAAUUGUGUUCUAUACUAUCAACAGUGAUUUUACAAUGCCAUACGAUAUUCCAAAAACUGUUUCAAAAAUUUAUAUUCAUACUGGAAAUGUGUUGAAUGCCAAUGAAUUGACACAAAAAGCUGGUCAAAAUGCAACUGAAGAGGUAGUUGAAUGUUUAAGCAUUUGUCUAUCCAAGUAUCCAUCACCAUUUGCAUUAAACGAAAAAAAUGUACAUUUAAAAUGUGAUGAGUGCUACAAUAAUGACAAUGAAGAAGAUUUAGCUCUGAAAACAAGUGUCAAGGUUUUUCUUACAACAAAUGAGGUGGAUGUUUUGGAAGAUUCUUUAAAAAAUCUUUUUAAAGAAUUGAACGAAGAAGUUGUAGAUUCUGUGAUUUUAGCAUUUAACCAUGGUAAAGAUACCUUGUUAGCAGAUUUAUUAACUCUAUGGUCCAUACUUGAAGGAUAUGUUAACAAACAGAAAAUCACACGUAUCGGUGUGAGUGACAUUGACACAGAUUUGUUCAUUUCUCUGUACAAUAACUCAAUUAUUAAGCCAACUAUUGUUCAAAUUAAUUUGAACUCUUGUUGUGUUGUACCAGAAGCCCUUCAAGAAUUUACUAAAGAUAAUGAAAUACAGUUAUUGACACACAGUGAUUCAAAAGAAAUUUUACCCCAAUCGUGCUUAGCUGAAGUUUUUGGAAACCAAACUGAACUAAAACAAAAAAUACCUAAACUUGAAUGGAUGAUAAGAUACCUAACUCAUGUUAAAUGCAGAGGAGUUUUAGCAAGUAAAGGAUAUAUUGUAUGUCUUAAAAGAUCAUAGAAUGAAUCAAUCCACAACAUGUCUAGAAGGCAAAUCAAGAUGUAUACACACCCUUUUUUUAAUAUUAAAAAGUUUAUGAAUUUUAUACUUUUUUCUUCGAACAAACUAAAAUUGUUACUAAACGAACUUAAAUAAAUUGUUAACAUAAUAUUUUUAUACUCUUGUGAAGGCAUUUUAAGUCUUUAACUUAUAUAAAUAUUUGUAACCUUGUUGAAAUUGUGGUAGUUACAUAUUUUUAUAAAUUAUAUAACUAUCCUACAUAUUAAUAAACUAAACAUAAAAUUGAAUAUAUAAUUAUUUAAUUUUAUAUUUAAUAUAUUAACACAGAAUUAACGUUGCGUACAUUUUUAAUUACAAAUAAAUUGCUAAUUAAGUAUAAUAAUUAUUGUAGAAUCCUGACAUUACUUAAUUGAAAUUGUUCUAAAUUGUUUUAAGUAUACCUAAUACAAAUUAAUUUUUUAUUGACCAUAUACUAUUAAGCACAAAGAUAAUUAAAGUGUUUAUUUUUUUGAUUAGGUACUUUAACUAUAAUAGGUAUAAAAUAUAAAUAAAUGAGGAUUAUUAAUUUCUAAAAUAUCAUCUGGCUUUACUUUAAUUAAAAACAUUGAAAUGAAAAUAGUUAAUCAAUAUGUUCAAUGUUUUUAAUUCAAAUUUUUUCUCAAGGUUACGCAUUUAAUUUUGCUCGAAUAACUGGAAAAUGCCUUCAUAAAAUUAAUGUUUGAAUGUUUAAUUAUUGUUACUUUCACAAAAGCUUACUUGUGUGAUAAUAUCUCAACUUAAUAGUGUUGAUACUUUGUAUAAUAUAUCUUGGUGAAUAAUAAUACAAUCCACAUUGUAUAACCUUAAAUUGUAUAUGACCAAUAUAUUAUACAUUUGUAUAGACCUAUAAGUAUAAAAUAUAUAUAUGAUAUAUAAUGCAUUUUUUAGGGACCCCAUAAGAUAUAUUAUUCAUGAGAGAGGAUUUAUUUAUAUAACUCGAAUAUAAAAAUAUGAUUUAUAGCAUGCUAAUUUAAGAUCAAUAACAUAAGCGAUACAAUAAUAUGUUGAAUACCUACACUGACUUGUUGAAUUAAUAAAAUUUUAGACACCGUUUAAAUAUAAAUGAA